UUUAAAUCAGACAAAACUCGAAUAAUAUCUCUUACAUUUUCUUUUUCUUUUAUUCCUUUCCCAGAUAAUUAAUUAUACUAGAAAAAUCAUUUUCUCUUUGCACAUAAGUCAACUCUCUCUCUCUCUCUCUUUUACUUCUUCUCAUCAUCUUCUCUUUUCCCUCUCAUUGGAUUUUCUUCCAUGGGUGAACAAUCAAUCUCAGCUUGAAUUCUCCCAAAUCCUCUAUUGACUUUGAAAAUCCAAAAAAAAAAAAAAAUUUGAAAUUAAAAACGUUUCUUGAUGGGUAACGGAGUCACAAAACUGCGUAUAUGUUUCACAGGCGGCGGAGGAGGAGAACGUCUCCGGCAAAAAGACAUCUCCGUUCUUCUUCCGGAUCCUUUAGACGAAGGGUUAGGUCACUCCUUCUGCUAUGUCCGACCCGACCCGACUCUAAUCACUUCUUCAAAAGUCCAUUCAGAGGAAGAUACAACGACGACGACGUUCCGCACAAUCUCCGGCGCUUCCGUCAGCGCCAACACAGCAACUCCUCUCUCAACUUCUCUCUACGAUCCCUACGGUCACAUCGAUCGCGCCGCCGCAUUCGAGAGCACGACAUCGUUUUCGUCAAUCCCUCUGCAGCCGAUCCCCAAAAGCUCCGGUCCGAUCGUGUUAGGUUCGGGUCCGAUCGAAAGAGGGUUCCUUUCAGGUCCGAUCGAGAGAGGAUUCAUGUCGGGUCCUCUUGAUCGGGUCGGGUUAUUCUCAGGUCCGCUUGAUAAGCCAAACUCCGAUAAUCAUCAUCAGUUCCAACGGAGCUUCUCUCAUGGUUUAGCUUUACGGGUCGGGUCAAGAAAACGAUCUUUAGUUCGGAUCCUCCGUAGAGCAAUCUCGAAGACGAUGUCAAGAGGGCAAAACUCGAUCGUUGCUCCGAUCAAAUCCGUUAAAGAUUCCGAUAACUGGGGAAUUAGGUCAGAAAAGAGCCGGAAUUUGCACAACGAGAAUCUCACAGUGAAUAGCUUGAACUUUAGCAGCGAAGUAAGCUUAGACGACGACGUUUCACUCGAAAGCCAGAAUCUUCAGUGGGCUCAGGGAAAAGCCGGUGAGGAUCGAGUACACGUGGUGGUUUCUGAGGAGCACGGUUGGCUCUUCGUCGGAAUAUACGAUGGAUUCAACGGUCCAGAUGCGCCGGAUUAUCUUCUCUCUCAUCUUUAUCCUGUGCUUCAUCGGGAGCUCAAAGGCUUAUUAUGGGACGAUUCAAAUGUCGAAUCCAAAUCUCAGGAUCUAGAAAGGUCUAACGGAGACGAAUCUUGUUCAAAUCAGGAAUAUAAUGAUACUUGUGAUCGAUGGUGGAGAUGUGAAUGGGAUCGUGAAAGUCGAGAUCUUGACCGUCGAUUAAAGGAACAGAUCAGUCGGAGAAGUGGGUCGGAUCGGUUAACGAAUCAUUCGGAAGUUUUAGAGGCUCUGUCACAAGCUCUGAGGAAAACAGAGGAAGCGUAUUUAGAUACUGCCGAUAAGAUGCUCGACGAAAAUCCUGAACUAGCUUUAAUGGGUUCUUGUGUGCUUGUGAUGUUAAUGAAAGGUGAAGAUAUUUAUGUGAUGAAUGUUGGUGAUAGUAGAGCUGUGCUUGGUCAGAAAUCAGAACCGGAUUACUGGUUAGCUAAGAUAAGACAGGACUUGGAACGGAUUAACGAAGAAACGAUGAUGAAUGAUUUGGAAGGUUGUGAAGGAGAUCAAUCAUCUUUAGUCCCGAAUUUAUCGGCUUUUCAGCUCACUGUUGAUCACAGCACCAAUAUAGAAGAAGAAGUUGAGAGGAUCAGAAACGAGCAUCCGGAUGAUGCUACCGCAGUGACGAAUGAACGAGUUAAAGGCUCCUUGAAGGUCACAAGAGCGUUUGGUGCUGGUUUCCUAAAGCAGCCUAAAUGGAACAAUGCACUUCUUGAGAUGUUCCAAAUUGAUUACGUAGGGAAGUCUCCAUACAUCAACUGCUUACCGUCUCUCUACCACCACAGAUUAGGGUCCAAGGACAGGUUUCUAAUACUAUCAUCAGAUGGUCUCUACCAAUACUUCACAAACGAAGAAGCGGUUUCAGAGGUUGAGCUCUUCAUCACAUUACAACCUGAAGGGGAUCCAGCUCAACACGUUGUACAAGAGCUUUUGUUUAGAGCUGCUAAGAAAGCUGGUAUGGAUUUCCAUGAAUUACUAGAGAUACCACAAGGUGAACGAAGACGGUAUCACGAUGAUGUUUCAAUAGUAGUGAUCUCUUUAGAAGGAAGAAUGUGGAAAUCUUGUGUAUAAAAAAACAAAUCGCUAUGAGCAUAGACACAACAACAAAUUGGUAUGUUCAUGGAGAAAGAGAUCGAUCUCUCAUCAACUCUGAAUCAUGUACAAUGUUGAUAAACAGCAAAUAAAAUAAAAAAAAGUUUUGGCAACUAUUUAGAUGUCCAAGUGUAUCAUAAAUUAGAGGUCAAAUGUUUGGUUCUUUGAAUGUAAGUUUCUUCCAACUACUAACUGUAUGUGAAUAGAGAAGUAAAUGAAGGAAUUGAAAGAUGUUUGGUAA